GGCUGGCUCUUGGAGCGGAACCGACUCUUGAAUUGACUUGACCCUUCAGUGGAGACUAUCUCAUCAUCUAAUCGAAAAGGGCCUAAGAAGCCAGAAAGCCUCAAGCGCCUCCCCCCGUACCCCGCCUGCUCGGAAAUCACCGGCACGAUUAGUGCUGCACCCAGUCCCGAAGAGCAGCUCUUGGAGAACCGUCAAAAUUUCUUAUCUCGAGGAUCUUGAUUUGGAGGCGGAAGAAAGAAUGGGUGCAGGAGCAAGCGCCGAAGACAAAAAGUCAAAGGAGUUAGAAAAACAGCUCCAGGAGGAUGCCGACAAGGACUCCAAGACAGUCAAGCUGUUGCUGCUUGGCGCUGGUGAAUCUGGCAAAAGCACCAUCGUGAAACAGAUGAAGAUUCUCCAUCAAGGUGGUUACUCACGUGAGGAGCAGAUGGAGUUCAGGAGCAUCAUCUUUGGCAACAUCCUGCAGUCCGCCCUGGCUAUCAUCAGAGGCAUGGAGAUGUUGGCCAUUGAUUUUGGAGCAACCUCUGGACAGGAGGAUGCCCAGAAGCUGCAGAACCUGUCAGACUCCAUCGAGGAGGGCACCAUGCCCGCUGAGCUGGCGGACGUCAUCAAGAAGCUGUGGAAGGACACUGGUGUCCAGGCGUCCUAUGAUAGAGCUGCUGAGUACCAGCUCAACGACUCCGCUGGCUACUACCUCUCCGACAUGGACCGAAUCUGCAAGGCCGACUAUCUUCCUAAUGAGCAGGAUGUGCUGCGGUCUCGAGUCAAGACCACUGGUAUCAUUGAAGAACAGUUCGGAUGCAAAGAAUUGCACUUCAGGAUGUUCGAUGUGGGCGGCCAAAGAUCCGAGAGAAAGAAAUGGAUCCAUUGUUUCGAGGGUGUCACCUGCAUCAUCUUCUGCGGAGCUCUUAGCGCGUACGACAUGGUGCUGGUAGAGGACGACGAAGUGAACCGCAUGCACGAGUCCCUCCAUCUGUUCAACAGCAUCUGCAACCACAGGUUCUUCGCGACGACUUCCAUUGUGCUUUUCCUCAACAAGAAGGAUCUGUUCGUGGAGAAGAUCAAGAAGGUCCACCUGAGCAUCUGCUUCCCCGACUAUGAUGGUCCUAACACAUACGACGACGCCUGCGCCUACAUCAAGACACAGUUUGAGGACCUCAACAUGAAGAAGGGUGUGAAGGAGAUCUACUCCCACAUGACCUGUGCCACAGACACAGAGAACGUCCAGAUUGUGUUCAACGCUGUCACGGAUAUCAUCAUCAAAGAGAACCUUAAAAGUUGUGGUCUUUUCUAAGCUGUGGAUUGCAGUGGAAAAUAAAAAGACCUUCCUGUCCAACCUUAACCCUCCACCUCAUACUGGCAUUAACUGAGAAGUGUUCUAAUGUACAGAAGAACCCAAGUUGCUACAAAUUGUUAAUGCCACCCAGGGCUCGGCCCCCCCUCCUCAAAGCAUGACCAUUACGACAGCCCCAGCAGCCAGAAGUCAGCAACAGCAGCCCCACACCCCAGCCACACGGCGUCCUUGUCCUUCCAUCUCUCCACAAGGAAAAUAAUGACACAGCAAUGCUAGUUAGCAUGUGAGAUAGUGGCUUCGUAUACGUGUGUGUUUGUGUGUCUUGCCGCCCCAAGUUUCUGCUGGAAAUCAAGCUUGGAAAACCGUGGCUCAGUCCAUCUGCUUUCUUCCUAUUAUUUGACUACUGUGUGAUAGGACACCUUUACUUUGGAUAAAUGAAACAGAAAUCCCUGUAAAAGGAUUACAUGAAAUUAUCAAUGUGAAAUUAAUUUAUUAAAUAGCAACAAUGCAACUUGUUUUUGUUAUUAAGUACAGUAGUCUUGAUAUUGUAUUUGUAAAAGAAAAGUUGCUAAUCGAAUAUGACCAAUAUUCUGAGAUUUUAUGCUAUUUCCAGACUACAAACCCCAUUGUUCAUGUAUUUAUUGCUAAAUAGUUUUCCCUUAUUUCAAUCCACUUACCAGUCCUAUAUUUUAAAAAGUUGAAUAAAAAACAUUGUAGAGAUUCUUUGUACAUAAAAGUAGAUGGUUAUAUUUUGAAAGACAAAUAAUUCAUAAAUCUUAUAUGGAAUAUAUGAACAAGGGAAACUCUAGAGGGAUGCUAUUUUUUGAAGAGGGGUUGUAAAAGUCUAUCCUUUCGUAUGAACUGUAGAGGCAUGAAAUAAAGAUGCAUUCACUUCA